CGCGCAGCGUGACAUGGAAAAAUUAUCUUGAACAGCUGUAGCUACCAUUCUUAUUAUGCCUCAGUGGUAGCUACCAAAAAAUACUAGUAACUGUCUGCGGCUGUAUUGUAGCCAUCUGGAGGUUCUGUACAGGGAGUCGGAGGAAGCGAAAUAGCUAGCUCGUGCCGCUAACUGUCACAAUGUCCCUGCAAAGGUGUCAAACUGAUUGGGAAGAAAUUGACCAAGAAUAUCAACAAUUACAGGAAACUCACAAAGUGUACAGACAGAAGCUCGAUGAGCUCACCAACCUCCAGGCAACAUGCAGCAGUGCCAUUAGUAAACAGCGGAAGGGUCUAAAAGACCUCGGGCACAGUCUGUGCAAGUGCACAAAAACAAGUGAUGAGAAAGAAACUGAACUGAUCAAAGACAUCCAAAUGCAAAUUAAAGACAAAGAGAACUUCUUCUUUGAUAUGGAAGCCUAUUUGCCAAAGAAGAAUGGAUUGUACUUAAAUUUGGUGCUUGGCAAUGUGAAUGUAACACUUCUCAGCAACCAGGCAAAAUUUGCCUAUAAAGAUGAAUAUGAGAAGUUCAAGCUUUUUAUGACAAUAAUCUUGAUGUUUGGGGCCAUAACCUGUCUCUUUUUGCUCAAUUACCGUGUCACAGAUGAAAUCUUCAACUUCUUGCUGGUUUGGUACUACUGUACUUUGACCAUAAGGGAAAGCAUCCUCAUGAGCAAUGGGUCCCGGAUCAAAGGGUGGUGGGUCUCCCAUCAUUAUGUCUCUACCUUCCUAUCAGGUGUAAUGCUUACCUGGCCAGAGGGGUCCAUGUAUCAGAUGUUUAGAAGUCAAUUCCUUGCAUUCUCCAUUUACCAGAGCUUUGUGCAUUUUCUUCAAUAUUACUACCAAAGUGGCUGCUUAUACCGGUUACGAGCUUUGGGGGAGAGAAAUCAGUUGGACCUCACAGUGGAGGGGUUUCAGUCAUGGAUGUGGAGAGGGCUCACCUUCCUCUUGCCAUUUCUCUUUUUCGGCCAUUUCUGGCAGCUGUACAAUGCUAUGACUCUGUUUCGGUUGGCAGGACAUGAAGACUGUAAAGAGUGGCAGGUAUUUAUGUUGGCACUGACAUUUCUUGUCCUAUUCCUGGGGAAUUUUCUCACCACAUUAAAAGUUGUUCAUCAAAAGAUCCAGGAAAAUCCAGAAAAGGUGCAAAAGCAGGAGUGAGCGAGUCUGACUACAGCUCAGAACUCCAAGUGGCCAGUAACCAAUAAGCAAAAGGGCACUUUGACACGCACAGCCGAUGGAAAGAUGGACGGCAGAGGGUUUGUGCCAGGAAAAGACAGAGCAGAGAGACCAAUGUGUCUCGGACCGUGAUGACAGCUGCAACAUUAACCAAUAAUCUUGGCUGAGUGUGCUUUUGUUUCCGAUAACCUGUCAAUGUCCUUGCUACACAUGCAAUCACAACACAGAGCAGCUUUCGUCUGGCAGAUGAACCACUGCGAUCCUGGACCAUUUGAGGCUUGAUCCUUUUAGAUUUAGUGAGUGGACAGACUAAUUAUGGUGUUGAUGUUUUUAGGUCGGAGCAUGAACUACAUGUACAGAGAGCCACUCUUCAAACUAUAUGCAACUCAACAAAGACAAGUAGCAUUAGGUCAGGGUUUCCCAAACUCGGUCCUAGGCCCCUCCAGGUGCACGUUUGAGUGUUUGCCCUAGAAUUACACAACUAAAUCAAAUAAUCUAAGCUUGAUGAUGAUGAUGAUUAGUUGGGUAUUUGAGUCAGCUGUGUAGUGCUAGGACAAAAACAAACGUGUACCCAGGGGGGACCCCAUGACUGAGUUUGAGAAACCCUGCAUUAGGUCAUGAGAAAAGGUGAGUUUACCUACAAAGUAUAUGUACUGUGUGGUCAUGUCACUACUUCACAUAACUGUUAUCGGUAUGGCAUAUUCGAAAAUGUCCAGGGCACAGCCAUUUUUUCACUGUUAUUUGUAACUACAAGUGUCUGUCGUUUUGAUUUUUUUCAGUAAAGAUGCAUUGAACUAUAUAUUUCUCCCCGGUGUGCUGUUGAAAGUUAACCCAUUUGCUUAUUUCUGGAUAGUGACAUGUCUAUAUUAUAUAAACUAAAGCCUGCUUCUUCUUUCAGCAAGGUACCAGCCAGACAUAACUAAUCAUAGACAUUUACACAUUUUAACAGCAGCAGUUUACUACCAUUGUUUGGGUUGAUUUGGCAACCAUAAAUUACACAGGCAUUCAAUUUUUAAAUGAUGCGUAUACUAAUGAUACUGACCAGGUUUGAGUAUACAAGGCUUUCUCUUCUGUAGUGGUCUGCACCUUGCUUAGCUGAGUGCCUGGUGGUGUAACAUUUAAGACGCAGUGGAUUCGGCAUAGAGACAAAAGUCCAUAUUUUUUAAAUCCUGUAAUCUGGUUCAAAAUGAUAACCCUUUCAAUUAAUUAUUAUUUGAGAGACUUGUCCAAAUCAGGUUGUGCAAGACGAUGCUGGUUGUUUGAGUUCACCUUGAUCACAAUAUGCUGUUAAGGUCCACAACAAACAAUUGCUGCUAUGAGCACUGGUACUGUGAACAAAUGAUUGGCAAUAAUGUCUUGAGCACGAAUGUGCUGGAGUGAUCAAGUGUAUAUAACUCUGCUGACAUCCAUGGUAUGUAUAGUAACGCGUCCACUCUGAACUAUGUACAAUUCUCAAGAGUUUUUGUACCCAUUUUCAGCAUUUAAUUUUUUACUGUUAUUAGAUGUGCAUUUGAACAAAGUCUCAACUUUUAUUACUUAGUGACAGGGCUUUCUAAAUGCCUUAUCUCUCACUGUAGCCUGUCACAAUUGCGUGAUGUAUGUUUUUGUUCCAUUUGGAAUCCAGUGUUCUGUUUAUUGGGGGAAAUGUAAGGUCUUGGACUUUUAGUCUUGUUUUCAUUUUUUUUUUAAAUCUAUUGUACUCUCGAAGGGAACCACUAUUUUUGUUACACUUGUAGGAAAAAGCUAAAGCAUGUUAUUGAAUUUAACAUUUUGGUCUAAUGGUCAGCUGUCAAAUCUGCCACAAUGCAGUACACAACAGAUCCUAUUUCCUCAUGUAUUGUUAGUUUGGUUGAAUGUUCAUGUCAUGGAUUGUCCUGUCAUAAGACUAACUUGUGCCUGAACGUACACCUGUAACAAGAGACACUGGACAAAAUCAUUUAAUUUAUGCUGUCUCUUACUGCUUUUUCACACUGUAUACAUGGCUGUAAGACAAAUAAAACAUCUGAUUCAAA